UUAGAUAGUCCAUAAAAAUUAAAAACCCAAUUUAUUUUUACAAAAGGUAUAAAAUAUCUAAAGCCAAUCCAUGGACCCAAACCGACCAAUGUGAGAAACCCACCGAAUAACAGACUCUAGCUUAGCAUUUUUCCAAUUUGAAAAUAAAAAUUACCCGCUCAAACUCACACUCACUCUUCAUUCACUGAAUUCCAAACAUACAAACUCUGCUCCAAAAUUUUGAAGAGAGAGAGAGAGAGAUAUGAAGAAGAAAGUGAACCGCAAGUCCUCACUUCUGGAAACGCCAACAGAAAUGGCGGAUUUUCCUUCUUCUUCUCUAAACGAGUCUCCGAAAUCGCCAUUGUUCACCAUCAUCAGCGACAAGAAGAAGAAGAGUACGGUCUCCACCUCAAAGAACAAGAAUGCCGACAAGUCGCAACCUACUAUCGCCGCAGUGAAAACCCUAGGCACCAUCUCCGAUCUCAAAGACCUCGCCUCUUCGCGCCUCGACCAUCUCAAGCGCCACAUCGAACACUCACACUCUGAGAUCAUCAAGGAUCUCCAGGCUUCCCACUCUCGCCUCCACAAGCGCUUCAAGAUACAGACCCAAGCAUGCCAACAAGCGAUGGAUGAAGCAGAGAAGGAAUACAAGAAAAUGUCUGAACGGAUUAGCGAAAGUCGGGAAGCAAUGCAGGCUUCGUAUGCAGAGUUCAAGGCAGAUGCACAAGCCAGUGCAUCUCGUGCAUGCAAAACAUCAAUCGCUGAGCUUUCAGAAUCCUGUGAGAAAGCAAUUAAUAAUCUUCAAAGUCGUUUUGGGAUUUCAUCAGCUUAGCCAUCUGGUAACAAGACAUUUCAGGUUAUCUGUUUAAAAAAGUAUUAACUACAGUAAACCUAUGUUUAAGGUUUAACCAGAUAAUACAUCUUGGUGCUAUUCUAUCUUGGUUUAGAAGGUUUGGCUGGCGAUACUAUUCACUGGAAAAGAAGUUCCAAAAAUGAACAAUGAGAUUCUUUUUCCCUCUUAUGAAUUUUGGACUGUUAUAACAAUAAUGGAGAAUUUCUGGGCCCAAAAAAGGAGAGAAUUAUUCUCAGCAGAUUCUUUUCAUUUGUAUUCACGACACUUUAAUGAAUUACUUUAUUCAGGACA